GCUAAAUUGGCUUUGUCUGAGUAUUAUGCACAUGAAGACUUCAGAUGUUAGUGAAACCUCAUUAUAUGUUUUAGAGUGCUUAAAGUGGUAAUGUUUGGGAAUUUGAAAUGAACCCAAACUCUGCUAAUAUAUGAUGUAAUAGACCCUACUGUAGCUGCAGGGGUAGUCAGCGACACUUCACAGAACUCUACAUUUGGUCCACAGUGAAGUGCCCUGUGCUUCUGAGUCUCUUGGAAGCAAGGGAGAGCUGAGAUCAAAAAAUGUGGAAAUGGAUCAUGUGUCUGGGGUGUUAGUGAUAAGAUAAUAAACCAGUGAUAUCUAGGUUAGGACAAAAAGGUGGCUUGAGUUGUAAAAUGUUCAUAGAGACUUUGUUAUAAAACAGUAUUUCAGUAAGGCUUUUAUUACAUAAAGUACCCACAUAUAUUUUGUGGAAGUCAUUUCAGGACAUAUUUUUCAUGUUGCUGGUGUGAACACCCUAAAUAGCCAUAGUUAGUCUUGCCCCUGCUUAUUGCUCCAUCUUCAUCAGCAGAGGAAGUGUAAGAGUAAAUAACUUCUGUUACAGCAGAUUAUUGCAUUUGAACUAUCGGGACUAAAUCUGAGCUCAAAUGAGGUCACAGUUCUAUUACUAAACAAUCAACUAGCAAUACUUGAACAGUGCUAAGAGAAAAAAACCUACUUCCUCCAGUAUCCUAUUGCAUCAGUCCUAACUUUGCUGUUGGUAAUGUUUUUGCAUGUACUCAGAGAGAUUUGAUUCAUCUGCCUUCAGAGUUGGGGAAGUUGUGAACUUUCCUUCUGGGCUGGUAAAGCCAAGCCCAAGGAGUAUUUCAUUACCUUGUAUGCUUGAGCUGUGUGUCAUAACUGACAUGGUAGGAGUGUGGUAGUACCAAAUAACCACUUUUAAAAGAGCCAAUACCCUAUAGAAUAUACUUCUUGUUGUCUUCUUUGUAGCAUCUUUGUUAUCAAAGAUGACCCCAAGCAUGCUGCUCUUCCUCAUAGCCUUGACUGGUGUCAGCUCAAAGGUCUACAUUUGCAAAAGGGAUCUUAUUACUGACUUGACUGAAUGUCAUUGGUUUGAGAGCUUGUGCUGGGAUGAAUUAGCCUUACAAAAGAGGCUGUUGAACUAAUACAUGCCUGUUCUGUUUUUAAAUGACUAAUUUCUUAAAAAUUACCACAACAGGUAGAAAACAUGCAUAGUCACUACAUUUUAAAAGGAAGAAUAAAAGCUCUCAUGAGGACAAAUGAAAGUGACAGUUCAACAACUACAUUAGCCAUCCUCUGCUAUUUGUUCUGCCUGUUUCUGUUGUUUUGGUCUGUGAUUCUCAUUGUGGAAACAGUUGUCAAAAGUCAGCUUGACUCUGCAGUGUUUUCCUUCUGGAGAAAAGUAUUUGUCUUCUGGCAAGCCCCUACUAGAAUAUCUCUCCCUGUGAUGAUUAGAACUGAUAACUAAAUGGGGAUUUCUGUACCUCCAGCAUGGUAUGGAAGAGAAAUUAAAAGCAUGUUAUUACUUCAAGAGGGUAACUUGUCAGCAGAAGGUGACAUGGAAGAAGAAUACAACGAGCAGAUGCCGUUGGUUGGACAACAGGCAGGAAUCAGCACCAAGACAGCCAUGCCAAGAGGACUGUAUCAUCCAGCAACAGUAUUUAUGGGCUGCCACACAUCAGCCAUCUCGGCCGCAGGAGGUUUGGGCACGUGGCAGAAACCCCCACAGCCCACAGAGAGCCGCUCAGCGCCCGACCCACCUUCAUGCUCUCCAUCACUUGAAGGACUCGGUCCAGAGAGCAGAAGCGCUGAUUUAGAGAGCGAUGCAUCAGUGGAGGGAGCAGCGAAACGCAGGGACCUGGCUGCCAGUGAAGAAGACUCUGAGCAACUCUUCUCCUCAACAUCUGAUCCCAAACCAGCUACCCCUGAGGAGGAACAGCCGCAGGGAAGCAUCCCAGGACCAAAGUCUUGCCUGAGUAACUGGUGGACUUGUAAGGAGGCAAGCUCGAAGAGCAGCAUUGAGCUCCCAGGCCCUGCAAGUGCCGAGGAGGUGAUGCCGAGCACUCCCAGCGUGCCACAGGGAACGUCCUCGCCAGCGGCCGGCUGGGAGCGGGGCAUGGAUGCCAGUGCUGUGGAGGGCUCUCUGCUGCAACCACCAAACCCUCCCGCAGCACAGGAGGAGCCCUUGGUCAGCUCAGCACCAGACAGGCACUGCGGGAUGCUGGCGGGACUCUCCCGUGCGCUGCAGCUGAUAGAAGAUGUGGUGGUGAGGACAAGCCCCCAGCACCGGGCGCUGUACCAGGGCAAGUGCGUGGGGACAAUGGGGACAGCGGAGCUGCUCAGCUUUUGUAAUUGGGCCAGCAGACUAAAAGAAGACGACCUUGAAGCAUGCGAAGCAGUCGUCCUUCAUCAGCUUCAGGCUUUAUUACAGAGCAUGCUGAAUGGAUGCCUCCUACCUGAGAAGACACUUGACGCUGAAGGUAGAGCGGUGGAUGAAAAGCAAACCAGCCCAGACCAGCAGUGGGACGUGGACAUGCUGUGGACUUGCUUGAGCAACCAUGCCUUGUUCUUGAAAAAGCACCAGGUUCAGCUCACGGAAGAAGUGGCAGAGAUGUUUGAAAGACUGCUGGUUUCCAGCAAGAAGGCGCAGGACAGCCAGGCUCUACCGGUGUUGAGAGAGGCCCUUCCAGAAGAGUGUGGGGAUAGGUCAUCUAUUGAGAGUAAUGAAUCAUCUUACAGCUUGCCAUCGAUCCCAAACGACGGCAGGGAAAUAAAGCAGGCGAAACACGCUCCCCGGCUCGCUGGCACAGGAGGACAAGUGUGUUCACAUCCAGAAGUCACAAGCUGGUGUGAAGAUGAGAGCAAGGAAGAAAGCACGGUUGAAAAGAUUCCUAUUACAGGUCGGGAUAGUGGCGAUAAUAGUUCCAAAGCAAAAGCAGGCCAAGAAAUGCAUUCGGAAACUAGUUCUUCACCAAAUGAAAGAAGUCCUCCCUUCUCAAGGACUGAAACCAGGAAGGGAAUGGUAGCUGCUAUAAAAUCCAAAGCUUUCUGGGGCGAAUCUGAAGACAGCAGCUCCGAGAUUGAGGCUGCUUUGCGCCCACAAACUCACAGCACAGAAGCAGAUGAAUUUGAUGACUUCUAUGAUUAGGAUUCCCCCGCUCGCUUUUGGGAAGAAAUAAGCAAUAUCGUCCUGUGCAUAUUGAGAGUGCCACUGUUUAAAGUGCAGCUUAUUGCUUUAUAUUCAAAUAAAAUUUAAAUACAAAAUAAAUAUUAGUUGGUACUGUA